UUGUGACGCUAGACUAAGCUGAGAGUCCGCGCUCAUUGGCUAUUCAGGAGAGAGACGAAGGCGCUUAAAUACACAGCCUGCGUUGAAGGACUGAAACAAAACGAAACUAACAUUUAGCAAAUAAGUUGUUUAUCUUCAAGGCACCAUGCAGUCCAGGCGAUGGUUUGGUGGGUCUGGGUUUAGCUUUGCAGAUGACCCGGUCACAGAGACGUUGUCCCAGGCCAUCCGAGGCACAGGAGAAGAGCUGGACCGAGAGCCAGACACUGGGGUGCUGUUUGGCAGCCUAUGUGGGAGCGUGGUAGGCCUCCGGUAUUAUACUGGCGUGGUGAACAAAGGGGAGAUGGUGUCUCUGGUGCGUCAGCCUCAGAACCCCUACGACCGUAAUGCGGUGAUGGUGGCUAACGUCUAUGGCAGUCAGGUGGGGCACAUCAAACGAGAGCUAGCCAUGUUGUUGGCUAACAUAAUGGACAACAACUUGGCCAGGGUGGAAGGGGUGGUGCCGUUCGGGGUGACAAACCAGUUCACCAUGUCUGUAGUUCUGUCCUUCUGGGGGAGAGAGGAGAACAGAGAUGCAGUGGUGAGGCAGAUGACAUCCCGCAGCUUCAAACUGCAGAGUGGGCCUACAGGAUUCAUGUGUGCAGAUGGUUCUAGAGAUCUGCCCAGGAAGAGUGUCCUACUGACUGCAGAAGAGUUGAAGAAUGCAUUUGACAAUUUAUUUGAAAACCUGAUGGAGGAUAAGAUUGGAGAGAGAGAGGCAGUGGAGGCAGUGUGUACUCCGCUGCUGCCCCACCAGAAGCAGGCUCUGAGCUGGAUGUGUGUGUGUGAAAACAAUGCUGCGCUGCCCCACUUCUGGGAGGUUAAGGGGGAACUGUUCUAUAACACACUCACACACUCCUCUGUUAGAGAGAGACCGCAGAGGGUCCGGGGCGGCAUACUGGCUGACGACAUGGGACUGGGGAAAACGUUGACCACCAUCGCUCUGAUCCUCUCCAACUUUCACCACGGGAAACCUCUGUGUGAACCGGAGAAGUCUUCCCCUGAACCUAAGGCCUCUACCACCGCAAGGAAAAACCCUGAAGGGAAGAGUGGCGACGGGGAUCAGGCAGAAGUGUCUGUGGCUCCCGCUGGUCACUCCCCUUGUAUGAGAGCCAAUCAGGCUGAAACCCAGGAGGUGUGUGUGGAGGUGGUGCAAGAGGAUGUAGUGGAGGAUGGAGACAAGGACUGGGUGUCUGAAAAGAAAGCGGAGGGAAGGCCACAGGGAAGCAAAGCCAAGGCCACCACAACAAAGAAAGCUGCUAAGACCAAAGGGAAAGCAGUCAGCACCUCAAGAAAAGGGGGUGCUGUGUUGGAGGAUCUGGAUUUUGCAGCAGCACUGAGUGGGUUAACACAGGGAGCUCCUCAGAAAAAGAGUGUCGGUAAAAGUGUAGUUUCGCCGGUGGAAGCUGCCUCUUCCCAGAGCACAGACGACCCAGCAGCCAGAGCCACUCUCAUCAUCUGCCCCUUAUCGGUACUCAGCAACUGGCUGGACCAGUUGGAUCAACAUGUGCGAGCGGACGUCAAGCUGAAUGUGUAUCUGUACUAUGGCUCGGAACGCAACAGGGACACACACUUCCUGUCCUCGCAGCACAUGGUUCUCACCACCUACAACGUGCUUUCUGCUGACUACUCGGGCAGUGCUAGUCCCCUCCAUACAGUGAGCUGGUUGAGAGUGGUCUUGGACGAGGGCCAUAUUAUCAGAAACCCAAACACCAAGCAGAGCAAGGCUGUACUCAAAUUAAACACACAGAGACGCUGGAUACUCACAGGCACUCCCAUCCAGAACAACCUGAGGGAUCUGUGGAUGCUGGUGGCUUUUCUGCGUCUUAAGCCGUUCGACGUGAGAGAGUGGUGGAACAGAGUCAUACAGAGACCUGUCACACAGGGGGACAAGACCGGCCUGCAGAAUCUGCAGGCUCUGGUGAAGUGUGUCACGCUGCGUCGUACGAAGACCAGCCGUGUGUGUGGUCGGCCUCUGGUCUCUCUGCCGGAGAGGAGUGUCAGAAUAGAGGAAGUGGAGCUGACACAGAAGGAGAGGGAGGAAUACGAGCUGGCACGCACAGAGGGACGCACCACCAUCAGCAGGUACGUUGCAGAGGGGACCGUCCUCAGGAACUACGCAGAUGUUCUGGCUAUCCUAGUCAGGCUGAGACAGUUUUGCUGCCACCCUGGCCUACUGGGAAAGACCACUACACACACAGGUGUGGUAGCUGUGACUCCUGCAGAGUUGAGAGAGGGUCUGAUAAUGAAACUGAGGCUGGUGCUGGGCACUGGCUCUGAUGAAGAGUGUGCUGUAUGUCUGGACUCUGUUCGUCUGCCCGUCAUCACACACUGUGCACACGUCUACUGCAGACCCUGCAUCGCAGAGGUCAUACGCAGUGAGCAGGAGCAGGCGCGGUGCCCUCUGUGCAGAGGUCAGAUCAAGGCCAGUGAACUAGUGGAGUUCCCUCUGGAGGAGGAGGAGGAGGAGAGUAACCUCUUGGAGAACUGGAGGAGCAGCUCCAAGGUGGAGGCUCUAAUGUCUAGCCUGCUCAGACUGCGCAGUGAGGACGACAGCAUCAGGAGUCUGGUUGUCUCUCAGUUCACACGCUUCCUCACUAUUCUGGAGAUUCCACUCAGGGAGGAGGGUUUCAAGUUUGUACGUCUGGACGGCACUAUGAGCCAGAAAAGGCGGGCUCAGGUCAUUCAGGAGUUCCAGAGCGACGCCCCUGGCAGCCCAUUGAUCAUGCUGCUGUCACUCAAAGCCGGAGGGGUGGGGAUAAACCUCAGCGCUGCAUCCCGCGUCUUCCUCAUGGACCCAGCAUGGAACCCAGCAGCAGAGGACCAGUGUGUGGACCGGUGUCACCGCCUCGGCCAGAAGAGAGAUGUUGUCAUCACUAAGUUCAUAGUGAAGGGCUCCGUGGAGGAGAACAUGGUGAAGAUUCAGAGGCAGAAGCAGGAUCUGGUGGAGAAGGCUUUUGGCACCAAGAACCCCAGUGAGAGGAAGACGUCACGUGUUGAUGAAAUCCGAGCCCUGAUGGAGCUGUAGAUGCCAGCACUAAAAACAGCAAUUCUUUUGAACAGAGCCCUCUCUGGCAGGCCAACAUUGUCCUUUAAGUUUAGAGGUAAUGUUCUCCCAGCUGUGGGACCAAACACACACACACUACACUGCCCAUUGUUUAGAGCAGUACUGGUGUGGGAAUAAAGAAUCUGUGACAAACCAUACAUUAUUAUUUUUUAUUUGUUUUUGGUCCUAAAUUCCCCACAAAGGGAAAUUCAUAGCUCAGGGUUCAAACCUCUGUAAAACAUCCUCUAGGAGUCUAGGGAAUAGGUGAGACAUGAGUUUACUGUAGACUUGACUAACUUGCUUUACUUUACAGAGCAGAGGAAAAUAUGAGGAUAAAAGGAUGUGUAUCACAGGUGUAAUUCCUAAUAAAACUCAGAUACCAUUC